AUGGUAUCAAAAAAUAUUUCACAUACUCUUUAUUGUAGUAGUGAAUUGGAUGAUUGGAUAGAUACUAUCUAUAAAAAUGUCAAAACUAGACUUUAUAAUAUAAUAAAUAAUGAUAGUAUGGGUGAAUUAUUGUUUAAUACAAUUACAUUCGAUUCAUACUUUGGAUAUAAAAACUAUAAAAAUAAAAUAGAAAAUAAUAUUAAAAAUAUUAAUAAUAAUAGUAAUAAUAAUAAUAGUUUAAAUAAUAAAACAAUAAUAAUACAGUAUAGGGGAAAAAAUGAUUAUGGAUUAAAAUUAGAUAAGAAAUGUUUAAAUGAAAUUAUUAAUAUUACAGAAACUAGUGAAGAAAUACCAUCAAAUGUAGAGUUUAAUUUAGAAUUUUAUUAUAAUAGCCAAUUUUCUGGAAACAUUGAUAAAUAUCAACAACUUUCAAAAGCUUUUGAUCAACUUUGUAAUAUUGCAACUAUAAAGCAUAUAGAGCAUGAUAAAAUCUAUUUUGAAAAAUUUAUUUUUGAUCCUAUUCCACUCUUUAAACCAAAUAGUUUAGAAUCAAUUGAAUUUGGUGACUUUCCAUUUCAAAUAGAAUGGUUUUCAAAAAUAAACCUACCACCCAACCUAAAGAAACUUUCAAUAUAUUUACCACUUCAUGAUAUAUCCAGAGCUAUUUCAAUGUUAGAGGAAGAAUAUGAAAGUAGACAGCAUAAAUGUAGCAUUCACGAGAUAACAGUUCAAGAUCCAAACAAUGCACUUAAAAAUUGGGAAACAAUGAUUCAAAAACUUCAAGAUUCUUCAUCUAUUAUUGAUUUAACACUAAAUACUAAUUGUAGAAGGUGUUGUGAUCCUGGUUAUAUGUAUUUCAAAUUUGUUUCUGAUGGUUUAAAAUCAAUUUUAUCAAGUCCCAAAACUUUUAUAAAAUAUUUAAAGUUAAGAUAUGUAUUUUGUUUUGAUGAUGUUUUUUUUGAAACCAUAAAAAAAAGUAAAAGUAUUGUAUCAUUAGAAAUAUCAUCCAAAUUAAGAGAUAUACCUUAUACUAGAAUUUUGGAUUAUGUUUCAUAUAAUAAAAAUAUAAUUCAUUUAAAAUUGGGUGGUAGAAUGGUUACCAAUAUUUUCACAACUUUGUUAAAUUAUGACCAACUUUAUUUAAAUACAUUAACUUUAGAUUUUAAAUUAUUUCAAGAUUGCAAGCAAAGUGAUUUAGAAUUAUUGAUUAAAUCAAGCAAUUUUGAUAUUGUAAUUGUAAUCACCGGAAAGAUAAAUCCGAGAUUAUUGGAAACAGUGAUUGGUAUGAAAAAUAUAGAAGUUUUAGAAAAUAGUCCACAAGAGACUCCAGCCACUCGUGCCACUCGUGCCACAGUUGAUAUAUGUAAAGAUUAA